AAUUUUGGUUACACCCAACAACGUUCACUCGCGUCUCGCGAAGCAUGCAACACUAGUUUGUCGGGUAGCACCGGAAAGUAGAACCCCCAGGUGCACACCAAAUGGCGGACCAGAACGUGUUUGCUCUGCUCGGAGACGACGAGAAUGAGGACCCCCAGGUUCUGGCUGCAAAGGCGCCUAAGCCGGUGAAGAAGGAAGCUCCCAAGGAGGACGUCAAGCCGGCCAAGGCACCUGUUGCCAAGCAGGAGGCUCCUCGCACUGAGAACGGCGGCCGCGGCGGCCGUGGGCGCGGAGAGGGAGGUCGCGGCCGAGGCGAGGGCCGUGGUGGCCGUGGUGGUCGGGGUCCACGCCCGUUUGUGGAUCGCAAUGCGGCUCCUGCUGAUGGGGAGGCGCCAGUAAUGGAGCGCACCGAUGGCGAGGCUGGCCGGGGCAGGGGUCCUCGCCCUGGCCGGGGUCGUGGUGGCCGCUUCUCGGGCGAGGGCCGUCCUCCUAGGCGCGAGUAUGAGCGUCAUGAUGGCACCGGUCGCGGUCACGAGACAGAGAAGCGUCACGGUGCUGGCCGCGGCAACUGGGGCAAGGAGGGCGAGGAGGUUAAGGAGACACCCGAGGGCGAGGAGGUCAAGGUUACAGAGGAAGUCCCUGCCGAGGAGAGCGCUGCCCCGGAGCAGCCUGUUGUUGAUGAGCCUCCGAAGGAGGAGGAGAAGGAGCUGAGCCUGGAGGAGUACGAGGCUAUGAUGGCUGAAAAGAAGAAGGCCCUCAAUAAGGCGUCGGAGUCGAAGAACGUCGAUCCCUCGGCUGAGCUGAAGGGCCUGAAGGUCUUCACCAAGCAGUCUAUUGAGGAGAAGGGGCUGGACCUCGGCCCCAUUGAGAAAAAGAAGGCGGAGGCAGAGCGCGUAGCAAGGGAGAACGCAGCCAAGGCCAAGAUCUUCGUUGAGACGGGCUUCCGUAUCGAGAGCAGCGAUGCUGGUCGCGGCGAGCGUGGCGGCCGUGGCCGUGGUGGCCGUGGCGGCCGCUUCGGUGAUCGUCCCCAGAGCGCCCGCGGCGAACGUGGUGGCCGUGGCGGCGAGCGUGGUGGCGAGCGUGGCGGCGAGCGUGGCGGCCGCGGUGCUGGUGGUCGCGGUGCGGGGCGCGGCUCUGCGCCGCUUCCUGGCGACGAGAGCCAUUUCCCGGCACUUGCGUAAGCAGUAGGCUGUGCCAACUGCCGCGCAGCUCACCUGCACAUCGAGGUUUUCGGCUUUAAAUUGGUUAUCGUUAGUCGAAGCGAGUUGAGCCGCGCUAUGGUCCCGUUAGCACGCUCUCGGCCUUCUUGUGGAUGCAGCGCUUUGGAGAACCCCUUACGGCAUUGACCUAUUCCGCAAGCCGGGUCCGCAUGCACUUCUAGGUGCAUGGCCAGUUCGAAUGGCGAUUUCCGCAGAGGGCGACAUCGAACAGCGUGAAACAGCAUAUGUCAGCAUCAGCUUGGACAUGGUGAGACUACUGGGACGAUGGCAAAGAUUCUCCGCGUAACGGUGGCAGCGAGAUGUGCUGAUACCUGAGUAGGCAGGUUGUAACUCGUUCGGUUUGACGAUACUUGCUUGGGUGUUGAUCUGUACGUGGAAGAAUGGGGUCCGGAAUAUCGGUGUUUGACGCGGCAGGUUGAGUCCGUCCCUGAGUUCCCGCAUUGCUGGUGUGCUGAUAUACUCGUGACCGCAGUGGCAACGAUCUCCACAGUGCGCUAGUGCAGGUGAACGCGAAGGCUACGAACUCACGGCCAUGCCUUGGAUACAUUUCGCAUGCGGCCAUGUAAUUUUGUCUUGCGCCGUG